CUCACAGUUUUUGUUGGCGGGGAGGAUGUCUUGAGGAGUGUCGUUGGACGCGUUCGAGGAAAGGUGAUGUGACGCGUGACAACCACAAGCCGGAAUCUGCCACACUGUUGAACAAAGGCCCGUAGGCUAACCAGCAAGAUCAAGACUCCUCCUCGUCGCUGCUGCCCACGGUGACAAGGCCUUUUCUCGUUUCGUAAGUAUGAAGAUCAACAUUGCUAACCCCGCUACUGGGGCUCAAAAGACCAUUAACAUUGACGAUGAGAGGAGAUUCCGUAUCUUCUUCGACAAGAAGAUCUCGCAAGAGGUCGAGGCAGAUAUCCUCGGAGAUGAAUGGAAGGGUUACAUCUUCCGUAUCACCGGUGGUAACGACAAGCAGGGUUUCCCUAUGAUGCAGGGUGUCCUCCUCCCCAUCCGUGUCAGACUUCUCUUGACCGACAAUCACUCUUGCUACCGUGCCAGCCGUGCAGGCGAGAGGAAGCGCAAAUCCGUCCGUGGCUGCAUCGUCGGCCCUGACAUUGCCGUCCUAUCUGUCGUUAUCGUUAAACAGGGAGACAAUGAGAUCCCUGGGCUCACCGACACCGUUCUGCCCAAACGACUUGGUCCUAAAAGGGCAACUAAGAUCCGGAGGUUCUUCAACUUGUCGAAGGAGGAUGAUGUCAGGAAGUACGUUGUGAGGCGUGAGGUGAAAAGCUCGAAGAAGGAGAACGCCAAGCCCUACACUAAGGCACCCAAAAUCCAAAGAUUGGUCACUCCUAUCCGUCUCCAACGCCGCCGUCACCUCCGUUCUCUCAACCGUCGCCGGAUCGACCGCCAGAAAGAGCAGAAGGCAGAAUACGAUGCCCUUAUGCAAAAGCGUGUCGCUGAGAAGAAGGCCAAGGUUGCAGCCAUCAAAGCCUCGCACCACAAGACUGCCUAAAAUAACUCUCCUCAUCGUCUUACACUUCAUCUCAUGCUAUAGGCUUCUUAUGGUACCUCAU